GAGUCCGUCUUGGAUCACCACGCCAUUCAGUUUGCCGUCUGCUUUCCUCUUGACUUGUUACUUUUAUUCAUUCCCAUUUCUUAUUAUUAUUUGGACGUGUUUGCGAAUCUUUUUGUUGUCGUCGUGGCUUGUUAGAUUACACACCCUUGCUUUUCUUUUCUUCCUCCACUUUUCAUUUCCGCAGCCUCCCAGGAGUUCGCCAUCUUUCAUUGCAGGUACCUUUACCCCCGAACGGCUCUUUACCGCCCUUCUCCACUCGCGUCGCCGCGUCUUGGUGAAGUCGAUUCCUCGAUCUUUUCUCUUCUCUCCACUUUAGCAAACACACACACACACCGACGACUAUCCCUUGUUUUGUUUCCAUCCUCUUCUCUUUUUGCUUCCUUUAGACGAGUGUCAGCGAGCCCCCCGCCCCCCUUUCCUUCUCAUCACGGGUGUUUCAUUGCAGUCUUCGUCGUACGACACGCCUCAACAGGGAGUUGAACAGCGUACGCCUUCUUCUCUUGCGUUAUAUAUAUAUAUAUAUAAGCAACAAGGAGUUUAAAAGAACGACACCAACCGAAUCACCACAAAGGAUGUCGUCCCGCGAGCAGAGUCCGGAGAUCGUCUUUCGCGACGAGAACUCCGCCUUCAGCGUCCUUUCGAACUCGCAGCGCAGCGCCAAGGCGUCCGUGUCGAAGUCAUGCGAGGGCAGCGGCGCCACCCGCCAUGUCGAUGCUGAAAACGACGGCGUGCACGCGACAGCAGAGGACUUGAGCACGCCGAACGGCAAACCCGCCCGCACCUCCGCGCUGAACUCCUCGAUGAAGAGCGACUCGCAGGUGCCGCUGCCGACCGUCUCCCAGCUGCGGAUGAGCGCGUCGCGCAACAAUGGAACUGCGUCGGAGGCUCGCGCGAGUACGACGGCGGCCAGCAGAACCAACAACAACGGCCACGAGCACACGACGUCGGCGGCACGCAACAGCACCGCGGCGGCCCCCCCUACACCCACGUCGGCGGGACGGCCCCCUGCCGUCCCCCCGCUUCCGCUGCAGCCGCCGCAGCAGCCGCCACCGCGGCAGCAUCAGCCCUCGGUGGCUCGCUCGGCUCUGAAGGCGCCCUCCGUCUCCCUCCCUCGUGCCACCAUGUCGCUCAACGGCGGUCGUCGCACCGGCGGCGGCUCGAAGGCCUUCAUGCCGAAGGUGGCCACGACGGCGCCGAACUACGCCGCCUACGCGUCCGACGUGGCGAAGUACUUGAAGGAGGUGGCGCGGCGACGCGAUGAGGCAGCCGCGCUGAGGUUGCUACCGUCCGCGCAGCUGUUGGAGCAGACAACGCUGCUGGAGCAGGCCGCCCACGAGCAAAUCGUGCAGCAGCAGCUUCUCGCCUUCAUGCAGAUCACGCACAAGAAGAAGGAGGCGGAGGCGAAGAUGAAGGAGCAGCAGACUACCAAGUCCUACAAGGCUAAAUUUGAGGAGCAGAAGCAGCAGCAGAAGGAGGAGAUGAUGAUGCAGAAGGCCAGCGUGACGGCGAACACGAAGGAGACGGAGGCGGAGCUGAAGGAGAAACUGAAGCUGGUCGUGUCGCUGCAGCCGCGGUUGAACGUUGUGUCAGCGGUGAUGGCGCAAAUCGAGGACCCGGCCAGCGACUGCGCCCUCCUCGGCGACCUCAUGCAGGAGGACAAGCAGCUGCAGAAGGCGCUGAAGGGCGAUGCGCGGUACAACAAGUCGAAGACGGCCGACGUGGACGGCGGGGCGGCCCCGUACUGGUGGAAGCAGUGCGUCUGCGCCUCCUUCAACGUCGCCGCCAUCCUCAAGCAGGAGCCCUGCCGCGCCUCCGUUGUGGAGGUGAGCAUCCCCACGAAGGUCGCCGCCGACAAGAAGGUGGUGGUCGUGAAGGACGCGGAGGGCGGCGUGGUGGCCUGGGCGCACACCCGCACCGGACCCGACACGAGCGCGCUCGUGGAGGCGUUUCUGGAGUCGAAGCCGGCCGUGGCGGAGUUGCCGGCGGCGGCCUACAAGGGUGUGAUUUGGCCCAAGGAUGAGUCCGUGGAGGUGCUGCGGGCGGCGAAAGGGCCGAAGAGCGCGACGGCGGCGAUCGCACCGGAGGUGAUCACGAUCCUCAGCUACAAAGAGGUGGGCUCUUUUGAGCUGCCGAAGAAGGACGUGGUGGCGAUGGGCGAAGCUGCCUCGUAA